AUGUUCGCUACUUCCUUCUUUGCGCUUGCCGCUGUCGCUUCCUUCGCCGUCGCUGCCCCCAUCGAGCAGCGCGGUGCUCCCGCCAACUGGGCUUACGGGUACCUCGAGGACUACCAGACCUACCACGUCCGGUACCUCGCCCUCAAGUGCUACGACCGCAAGAACUCGGACUACUUCCAGGACUGCUGCCGUCCCAUGCUCUCCACCGAGAACCUCCAGGACAACCGCAAGGCCUACUGUGUCCCCUCGGCCGAAGACGUAGCCUACGUCUCUUCCUCCCUCGCCGGCAACCUCCCCUCCGCCACCGCCUCGGCUGACAAGGCUUCCGAGUCGGAGUACGUCUCGGUCCAGGCUUCCGCUUCCUCGGCUGCCCCCUCCAACGCCAAGGUCGCCGCUGCCCUCUCUUCGUCGGCUGCUCCCUCCCCCGUCGCCGAGUCCAAGGUCAACAACUACGUCGCUCCCGUCCCCACCACCACCUCUACCACCCCUGCGUGGACUCCUUCCCCCACCCCCACCUCCACCACCCCGGCCUACACUCCUCCCGCUGCCACCUCCACCAAGGCUGCCUCCAACGGCGGCGGUGAGACCAUGACCGGCGGUUACGCAACCUUCUUCUACCAGGGCGGUAACCCGGGCGCGUGCGGCCAGUACCACGGUGACGGUGACAUGAUCGUCGCCAUUGACCAGGCCCGAUGGGGAUCCUCUUCGUUCGGCGGUGGCUCCAACACCUGCGGCAAGUGGGUCACCAUCACCAACACCAACAACGGUCGCUCGGUCUCGGCCAUGAUCGCCGACGUCUGCCCCACCUGCACCAACGGCAACUCGCUCGACCUCUCGGUCGGUGCCUUCAACGCCAUUGCCAGCGAGUCGGACGGCAUGGUCCCCAUCUCGUACCACUUCAACUAG